AUGGAUCGCAGCUUGGAUGAGAUCAUUGGCGAAGACACAGUAAGGCGCCGUCUGGCUUCGAUUGUGAGCCACUUUCCUGAAGAUCUCAACGACUUACAUAUCUAUAGCGCAAUCAAAAUCGUUCUUCCGAUGGACGACGCAACCAAGGCCCAGGCCGCCGUCGCGGCGACCGCGAUGGCGUUAGAAAGGUACUGCCUGCUCGGACCUGACCCCAAAUCCUCGAUGUCAGACGUCGCAACAGACAAGAUCUACGCUAACUUGAUUCGAAUUAUUUGCAGGUCCGCCCUCCUCUUCCUGUACCGAUUUUUCUUGCGCCAUGACAAAUAUUCGUGGCCAGUAGUCCUCUGGAUGGCCGGAGACUAG